CGCUCCUUCCUCAUUCUUACUCGGGUUUGAGGCUGAGUGUCUGGUGGAGCUUUCCUUGAGCGUGCUGCUGGAAGAAAAGCUGUGAAAUGGCCCACUCUCAGGAGGACGAUGCCCUGGCCCGUGAGCACCUGACAGGCAGUGAGGAACAGCUCACUGCCCCCGCUGCAGUUCCAAGAGGGGGCUCCAACAGCAGAGCGCUGAAGAUUGCCGGUCUGACGACCUUGGUGUGUCUGCUCGUGUCCAGCCAGCUCUUCACCGCCUACAUUGUGUUCGAUCAAAGGCAGCAGGUUCAGAGUCUCCAGAAGAGUUCUGACAGACUGAGCAGAGGUUUGGCCCGCACCUCUCAAGUGAAAACUCCAAUGAAGCUCCAGAUGCCAAUGAACAGCCUGCUGAUGGACUUCGCUCCCGAUCAGGACGCCGCCCCUUCCAAACCACCUCAGCCUAAGGACACUGCCACCGUGAGUGAGGAGAAGCAGCUGAUGGACGCCAUGCUGAACCUGAACAUGUUCAACGAGACUCUCCUGGCCAACAUGCAGUGUCUGAAGGAGCAGAUGAAUGAAACUGACUGGAAGCGCUUGGAGGCCUUGAUUCGUCAGUUGCUGAACUUCCAAAAAGCCCAUCAGAAGUCCGUGCCUCCUUCGUCUAAACCAGACUUCCCUGUGAUCAAGACCAAAUGUCAGAUUGAGGCAACAACCGGAGUCGGCAAGUUCGGCUCCUUCAAGCCCCAGUGUGACGAGCAGGGUCACUACCACCCCAUGCAGUGCUGGCACGCCACCGGCUACUGCUGGUGCGUGGACGAGACCGGAGCCGCCAUCAAGGACACCAUGUCCCGCCAAAGACCUGAAUGCAAAGGUCUUCGCCGUGCUGCCACAUCUGACAUCAUUAUCGAUUAAAGGAAUCGGAUGACAUCAUGUUUGAAGCAAGAUGUGGAUUUUCACCUUACAGGCUUUGCAAACAUGAGAAAUUGGGCAUUUUAACAUUGACGCUUAGCUGCAUUUAAAUCCUGAAUCCUUGAUUUUUGUCAUUUAGCAUGUAGUUUGAAAAAUAAAUCGGCAAUAGCCUGUUACAGAUAAGUGCAUAUACUCUUAAUUAGCCUAAUUCAGCAUGCAUUAAUCCAACCUGCAGUGCCUUCUCUUAACUAACUCUACCUAACGCUUAACCAUGUCAGAGUUUCCCGUGGUUGUUUGUAAGGUUUGUUUAAAGGACCAGUUCAGCUGAGCUGCAUUUACAGUUUUACUAUCCAGACUUUAAGUAAAGGCCCUGAAAUGUCUUUUUUGUCAUCAACAUUUGUUUAAGAUCAACUAACAUUACAGGCGGAAGUGGCAGGUAGAAAGUUGACCCGAAUGAUUUUAUUCAGAGACACGAUAGGCUUGAACGGUCAUGUUGGAUGCAUAUCAACUAACUUUUAUGUCAUUGAAUUGAGAGGAAAUCAGUAUUGAUUGGAAGAGGCUCUUCAGGACUGUGGACUCUUCAUGCUGGAGGGAAGCUCUGUCUCCCGAGAGGCGCGCUGCUCUCGUUUGAUUCAAUCUUUAUUAUGUGAUCACCACAAAUAAAAACCAGGGUUAAUGAUUUGAGAAUUGUAAGAAUGAGAAGAUACCAUGAAGGAUUGGUGGGUUCGGGAAAGUUUUUUUUUUUUUUUUGUAAACCUAUCUUUAGAUGGAAAUGUAGGGGCUCUGUUUUUAACAUCUGAAUAAAGUUUUUCCGGCACUGCA